AUGCGCAUAGUCCAGAAUCAGCGACACAUCGCGCAAGGGUUCUCAGACGUAUCGAGGCGAAGCGCUCAGACCGCGUUCAAGGUCUCCGUACCCGAGGCAUACGACCCGUCAGAAGCUGGGCCAGGAGGAUGGGACGCGCUCGCUAGGAAGUGGAAUAUUCGACGCGCGGCGUAUGUUGCUGCGCUUGGGUGGAGAGAGAAGAAGACGAGAGUGUUCGCUACGUCUUCCUCGAUAUGCCUCUUCCAACCCGAGUCCGCAUUCUGUAGUGCGGCGCGUGCAGGCGGACCACUCGAAGUUGUACGGAAGGCUGUCAAGCAUGCGCUGGUAGAGAGCGGCGCGGCCGGGAAGAGUGCGGUUGCUGCGAACGAACAGGAUGUAGCAGAGAGGAUGGGCAUCGAUACGCCCGUGCCCGUACCAGCGUCCAAUUUCCUGUCCCCGCCCGCACCUGUACUUGUGACAGUGUCCACAACAUCACUAUGGACUACACCCGCUACCGUUUCAAGCGCCGUGGCAUCAUACAGCAUCAUACUCGUCGCUUUCCCAAGUGCCGCCGCCUCGCUACUCACGCCCCCACCUCCCACGCCAGCGCCCUUCGCCGCAUCGACCUCUCCACUUCUCCUCGUCUAUGGCCUCAUCUAUCGCGCCCGACUCGUCCCAACCGCAUCAACACCCAAAUCCGCAGAACGACUCGCGCGCCCAGGCGGUAUGCGCGCACAAGCCGCUGCACAUCAAUCAAGCUCGGCCAAAACCGCGGAUCACCGAAGAUGCCGAACUCGUAGGCGCCACAGCCGCACACGCCUACGUUCUCCCUCGCAGCGCAACGCCAACGCCAAUCCCAACCUCGUACCGCUGCAAGCUACGCUUGCGCAGGUUGGGAAGGCUGGUACAAAGAGGAAGCGGAAGCGGGCGACGCAGGCGUAUGCGAAUCGGAGGAGAGAUAGCGAGGCGGGGAAUAAAGAGGUCGAGGAGGUGGAGGGGGGUUGGUGA